AUGAACAAUAAUUCAAUUUACCGCUGUACUAUACUAUCGCUAGUACUAAUUAGUAGGUUAAAAUCCGUUAUUUCGGAUCCCUACGGUAGUACUCAACCUGGUUACCCUGAGGGUGGUUUUGUAGAUCCCAACACUCAAUACUACGGCUACGAUCAAGGCUACGGGGGACAGUAUGAUCCUGGAUACGCAUACGGUUAUGAUCAAGGAUACGCAGGUUACGGUUAUGGUUACGAUCAAUCAUAUUCUCAACCCUCUGAACAAGCAUAUCCACAACAAUACGACCAGGCUUAUGGACAAUUAUACGACGAGGCUUUUGGACAAUCAUUCGACCAGGCUUACGGACAAUCAUACGAUCAAGCUUACACCCAAGGUUACGAUCCUUCAUAUUCUCAAUUCAUGGGUCAGGGUUACGGUCAACAAUUUCCCGAUCCCUACUCUCAUCAAUACUCACAAUCCCCCGAUUACUUUCAAGACCAGGGAUUUCAAGACUUUGAUGUUGUAGAUAAGCAUCAUUACACGAGACAACACAAAGGACAAGCUUUCGUUCCCGCAUUUACACGAGGGCCCAAACCAACACAUAAAUCGCAAUAUCAACCCGAAUUCCCAGAAGAGGAUUUCACUUCAGGGAUUUUUGAUCAUGUGUCAAUUCAAGAUCCUUAUGACACACGUUCCGAAAGAUCAUUCACUAAACUCAAAUCUACGUCCUCUAGCCACCACAAACAACCAUCCGAGCACAAAAAGCAACCAGGAAACUUUAGAACAAUAUUGCUGGACAUAAGCAGAAAGAAAUCGACCAAUUCAGUAAUUUACGAUUACGACGAUAAAUCAAGAACACACACAUUCUCUGCAGCUGAAGGAGUAUUGUUCGAAGGGGCAAUAGAUGAAAACGCAGAGCAGGUGUGGGUGUCGGAACCUAAUAGAUACGCAGACAAGCUGACAGUCUUGGAGAAGUCGCCCGGAGUCUUUGAAAUUAAGGCCUUCGUGCCAGUAGAGGGAACAUCCAGCUCGGAUAUGGAAAUGGAGAAGCCGCAUCUGCCAGCACACAGGGUUUUGGAUAAGAAAACUGGAAGGUCUGCGGAACAGCCAAAGUUCCAGAGCCAAGUAGUGCGGCACCACGAUCCAUAUCAAGAAUAUGAAAUGGCACAUAGACAUAGAGACACCGAACACCGGACGAGAAGGACAAUUGAUAUUGACUUAUUGAACAGGUGGAGCACAGACCAGGUACAUUAUCACUUCAACAAAAGGUACUUCAUUCACAGUUUUAAGCCCAAGGCAGGAUUGAGAAUCCGCAAAAUCACAAAGGGCGACAGAGUUAAGUACGUGCAUCAGUCAGGGCCUCUCCCCGACGAAGUAAUUAUUAUUGUGUUGCCAGACAACAGCGAAGUCAUGAGAGUGCUUUUCCCAUCCGCAGAGGACGUGGCUUCAGAUCAAGAGUACGUGAUGGCGCCAGCCAGUCCGAAUUUGGUUGAUAUUGAUAUUAAGAGGUUCGAAAACUCUAGAGGAGUCAAGUAUACCUAUGACAAAAACUAUGAUAUACACAGGUUCACAUGUGAGCCGAAUCAUCUCAUUAAAAAGGUCCUGAAGCAAGGAGUGGCAGUGCGUCAGUUCCCAGAUAACGAAUGUCCAGACAGAGUACUCAUAUUUAAAAUUCCAGGAAAGGGAUCAACACUUAGAGUGUUGUACCCAGGACAAGAUGAAGGUAUUGAUGGAAUACUCAGGGUAUUGAAACCACGAGAACCAGAGAAGGUUGAAGAGGUAAAACCAACCCUUAUAACUGUUAACGUCAAGGACCUUCAGAGCACAAGUAAGAUUGAAUUUAGAGAGGAACCAGACGGUACGAGAGUGUUUGUAUGUAAGUCAGGAUACCUGAUUAAUAGGAUUGUUGCCGAUCAGGCGGUGUUAGAGGCAUUCAGUAGUAACUUUCCCAAUAAAGUGACAGUUUCCCUAGACCAAUACGGCAAGAGAGUGGUUGAUUUUUCAACACCAUUUAAGCCUGAGUAUAUAACACUGGACAUUAGAGCAAAGAAAGAUACUAGCCAGUUCAAGUUUGAAAUGGAUGCUAAGGGGCGAUACGUAUACUAUGCAAAUAGACCCUACUUGUUCUAUGAGGUAAGAAAGGAUAACGAUUUAUUGUGGUACUCGAGAGACGGAAGAUAUCCGGAAAAAGUGUAUAUAAUUCCUGUUGAAGGGUCGAAGCCAAUACUCAGAGUGUUUUACCCUAAGGAUAUGACAUUCCCCAAGUUGACGAAGAUAGAAGGGUAUAGACCAGACCUGUAUAAAGCACACGAGUUUGAAGAGCCACCAGAGCCUCCGGAGCCACAUGAAACAAAGCCAGCGAAGAGACAAGAGCCACAAAAGCCUAUGAAAACAUUUGAACCGACUAAAGUUGAGCCGACUACUAAGACAACUAAACAGGUACAGGACGACGUUAAAUCAACUAAGUCAACUCAACAACUACCAGUUAUAAAAGUAGAUGGUAAAAUUCAAAUUGUAGAUGGUAAGGGUAGAGAGACAAAUGAUAAGUUGCACGCAGCUCCUCUAAACCUAUCACACCGCAAGAACACUGACUCAUAUGCAUACUACGCCACAGAAAAGUUGGGAACAUAUAAAGCAAACGUGGGAUACGGAUUUAAUCUUGUUAAUGAAAAAGAAAAUCACAAAAUUUGGGACACCACAGUUCCAGAGGAAUACGCAGUUGAGGUGUACGCAGACGGUAUCGGAAUGUUUGCGCACAUGAGUAACGUAACCUUAUACUUGGCUAAUAAACAGUACAUACAUUACCACAAACAUGAAGGCAAAACAUGGAUUACUAUACCUCCUAUACUCGAGCUUGAUAUACAUCACAAAGCAUCAACAUUACAAUCUUACAUGUUUUCCGCAAACUAUAACUUCCUUUUCAAUAAGGUUAUUGACAAAGGUAAGGUAAUAUGGGAUUCACAGGGUUUACGUGAGUGUGUCACGGUUACUGUUAAAGAGGAUGGACAAACUGGCAUGGAGGUAACGGUGCACCUACCAGACGGUGUAGUAUCGUUUAGAAAAGAUAAGACAACGGAUCAGUGGGUUGAUUUAGACGCACAGGACGGAUCAGGACAGAAGGCAGCAAUGACAAUGAACGCUAUGACUGACUUGGAAAUUAUGAGAGCAUUUGACGUAGGGAAGAUUACGAUAAUCACGGUUGACCCCAAUGAUGUUACGAAACACAUGGAAAAUGACGAAAACGCAUACGAUAAAAAGGUGGACGGAGAAGAUCAUUCGUUUGAAUUUCAUCGUAACAAUAAGUGCACGGAGGUCAAGUAUGAUGGUAAGAUGUUUUGGAACUAUGAUGAGAAAAAACACGCUUUAAUAUACCCCAAGUGUGUCAAGUUUGAAAAGAAGAGUCUCCUGAUAGCAGUCGACUUUGGAGUCAUUGCUCUGAUGUACAAGUUUAAUGGACAAGUGAUGAGUUUCUCAUAUGCGAAGAAGCCAGAACCAAUUGAAGUUGACAUGAGCAAGAGCGAAAUAGUAGGGCAACCAAGCACCACAGCGACUGUACGCUCACUAGAAAAGGAUGCUAUUUCCAAAGAAAUCGAGAAUGACAUAGUAACAUACACUACAAAGGACCAAUACGCAAUGAACCCAGUCAAGUACAAAGCGCAAGUCCUAGAUCCUAAAUACAGCUUCAUAGAGGCAAUAGGACGCUGUGUUAAGAGGACUUAUGAAAAUAAACACCCAGUGACACUCAACAUCAGAGACCUAUUCACGGAAGAGGAAAUAGAAUGCGACGAUAUAGCAAAAAAAAUUACCACAUACACGGCAAAAGGUAAUUUUGUGUUCAAAAAAAUCAACGUCAAUUCAAGUAAGAUUUGGGAAACGUCAUCGCCCGGAGAAUACGGGAUCAUCGUGGAAUACGACAAGGAAGACAAAAACAUAAAGAUUUAUAAACUCAAUGGGACUACUGAAAGACACACAUUCCAGGUAGCACCGGCCGAAAUAGGCAACCUAUUCACACUAAACAUUUUACGCAAAAUAACCACCGCGAAAUAUAGAUACUCACGAAACAAUGGUUCAGACGUGUUCACGUGCUUCGAAUCAUUCUUGAUCUUUAGAGUUAAAAGAGGUGACGACGUUCUUUUCACCUUUGAGGAUAAGGUGUACCCUUAUCAAGUGGUAGUUGGGCCGAAAAAGAAUGGAGAACGUAAAAUAGAAUGCCACUUCUCUCUUAAACCGAACAAUGUGCUCAUGAUUAAGUCGAAAACUAUUGUGGAUAACAAACAAGAACAGGAUAAACAAAGUGUCGAAGAGGAGGCUCUCAGCAGUAAGGAGGAAGAUGAGGAAGAGGAUGGUUACGAAUUAUCCGAACCUGUCUUCCAGGACCAGGAAGAGGAGGAGUAUAAGGAGGAAGAAGUUAACAAACCGCGAGAGAUAAACUUGCAGGACAGCUCCUCAGACGAUGAAGAUUCUCCUGAGUGCUUCGACACCAAGGGACUUAAACUCAUGGGCCUGAACCUUAGCGGAAAAGAAGCCGAACUUGACCUGUCCAGGUUCACUUUAAAGCAACACGUGAUAAACAAGGACAUUCUCGUCUUCGACUUUAAAAGAAACGUACAGUGCGUAAGAAUAAAGCACAAGGACAUAGACGUUUGGUUCCUCGACACGAGCCCUCUGACGAACCACGACCUCGACGACGACUCAGACGACGUUGGAUCUGAAAUCAGUGAUACUGUGGAGUCUAACGGUAAACGCUCAACGGGCACACAAACGAAGCGCUCAUUAGACGACUCGUGGAUCCACAAAUACCCAGUUAGCGUGGCCUACAACACCAACGAACUGGUGAUAUGGAUCGUAUUUUGGACCACGUACCUGGAGUUCAUGUGCUUGGACGGAACAUGGUACCAGAAAGUUGGCACGCCUUCGUACCUGGACACAGUCGAUAAAAAGGGGCUCGAGAUAUUUACGCUUACAGACUACGGAAACAUACGCCAGAACGACGAAUUGAAGUUUACGGUUACUGAAUCAGGCAUUCAAACGUCGACUCUGGUGUUUGCCUUCAGGGAAGGCUCCAAGUGCCUACUCGUAAAGCACAUGGGCAAGAAGCUAUGGUCGCGCAGAGACGAUGUCACGCCCCUGUUAAACUACGAAAGGGAGUACCCUUCUAAGAUCGUGUACCACGUGCAAGCCAAGACGAUAUUUAUUUUAUUCACCAACUCAUACCUCGGAUACGUGUUCAUGCAGAAGAAGUGGGAGUUAAAGGUCAACAAGCCGAAAGCAGAAAAUUAUAAACAGGUUAACGGUCCCACAGAUAGUCCACGCCCUGAGCCAGCGGAAUCAGCUGAGACACAAGAUACUGAAGCUGAUCAAUCCACGACCGUAAGCGCCGAUGAGACAACGGAUGAUGGAAAUAUCAGUAAAGUAGAAGAUUGUGGAUCCGUUGAACCAACUACUUAUGAAGCUAGCGGUUCAGUUCAAUUAAGAAGUGAAGAUAAUACCCAAGCUGAAGCAACUGAGUCACAAGAAACCGAUUCAAAUGCUAGUAAUGAAAACGGAUCAUCUGAUAUUAAGGACAAUGAUACAAAGGAGAAUGGAGAGGGUGAGUUAAAGGAGAAUGAAGAGAACGAGUUAAAGAACAAUGAACAGGAGCCUAGUGGUAGCGGUCAUCGUGACCAAUCAAAGACACAUGAAAAUGAGUCAAAGGAAAAUGAACAAAGUGCUUGUGAAGAUAACGAAAGAACGGUUAAUGAAGAAAAUGUGUCAAAGGAAAAUGAAGAAAUUGCUAGUGAAGAGAACGAAUCAACGCCUAAUGAAGAGAAUCAGCAAAAGGAUAUAGAAGAUGAUACAUCUGACAUGAUGUUUGGCUCGAUUGAGGCGUGUGCGCAGCCGCAACGAACCAAGAAAGUCGUCAAGAGUGCCGGGGGUAACGGCGAGGAAGCGAUGCCCACUGCCACUGCCCAGAUGACCGAAUCCAUUGAGGACUCCAAUACGAGGUUGUCGACACACCUCUGGACCCAUGUGGAUAAAGUCUCUGAUCACAGAAAACUUUCAAUCUUUUGGAACAACCAAAUGGAAUCGAUGUAUUACACGGUUCUAGACGGCAACAAUGGGAGCAAUUUGACGAUUUUGGACAUUAACGACCGAGUUAGCACUAAGAAGGUCGAAUACGAGUACGACGAGGAUAACGACAUCCACAUUUAUAGUGCAAAGGACCCCUAUAUUCUAGACACAGUAAAGAAGGGGAACAAUGUGAUUUGGAGCCACGAGGAGGGGCCCUACCCUGACACGGUCCUCAUCUUCAAGGAUGAGAACAACCAGCCCGUAGUGCGCGUUGUUUUCCCAAGCGAUGUGUCCUCUCAACGCUCCACCUCCGUCUCGAAGCAAACUGAGAGCACAGUUCCCAGGUCGCAGAGAGAGCGGGACCAAAUCGUCGACCCCAUCAAAAAGCUCAUUCUUCUCAACCUCAAAAACACCGCAAGCACUCAGCUCAUUCACUACGAGUACGACCAGGAGGCUGACACACACACGUUCACUUCAGCCUAUCCCUACCUCUUCGGCCUUAUCAAGAAGGGCAACACCGUCAUCUGGGAGCCUGAAAAGGACAACUACCCAGACACGGUCCUCAUAUUCCCAGACUCACCCGGGAACUACACUAUGAGGAUGUUAUUCCCAGACAAACUCCCUUCAACCCCAAGGCCACUUUUCACUCCCGAGGGGCACGACCUCCACCGGGAGCCAUCUUUAAUUCCAAAGUCAUCCCACGAACGCCCAGAAAUAUCCAAUGAGCCGCUGCCCGUCGAGCUCAACAUUGACUACCGGUGGAGCCACCCGAAGUUCGACUACUCGCAGUCCGACAACGUCGGCACCUACAGGUCCCGACAGGGCUACGCCUUUUCCAGAGUUACCAGCGACGACAAGUUCCUAUUCUUCAAGUCGCAUUCGCUCCUGUGGCAGGGGCUGGCCUACACCGAGUACGCUCGCAAGGUCAACCUCGUCAAGUACGAGUUUGACGAAAUGUUCGAGAUUACUCUCUAUCUCCUCAGUGGCUUUAAGAAGAAGUUCGUCAAGCACAAGGACCUCCCCUGGACUGCCAUUGACCUGUCCCAAACGAACCCUGUGGUCAUAAGUGUCCGCUCUGUCUACGACACGUACUCUUACACCAACACCUACUCGGGCAAGGUUCGGACCCUGGAGCCCAAGCCGCACUUCUCAUUCAGCGGAGUCCGUGACGGAACUGACGUCAUUUGGCACACUCUCGACCCGGAACAGUAUUCCAAUAAAAUCAAUGUGAUUGGGAACAAGUUUAUCAUUCACUUGAAAAACGGGAAGGAAAAGGUUUACGAAUUAAUAGACGAAGUGUGGACUGAGAAGAUCUAG